AUGGAGCCAACUUCAGAAGCUGACUGGAAAGAUGAAGCCGCACCAACUUCAACUGCUGGAAAUGCCGGUUGGGAGAACUCUGACCAGACAGCUUUCGAACAACUAGCAUUGGUCUCUGCGCUGAUGCCCCCACCACCACUGCCAGCUCCUGCUGCCGCUUUCACGCAUUUCAGGUCAAGGAUCAAGAAAGAGUUCAGGUAUGUUCAGAUGAGUUCCACUGAGGGUCCACCCAUGGAGGUCCCAGAGGACAUGGAAGAAGUGCAAGCAGAUCCUCAUCUUCAAGCGCUCAUUGAGACAUAUGCAACGGACUUUCUAGCCCAGAAUGGGUACUUCAUUUCAGUUGUGGACCUCUUCCUGUAUUCUGAGCAUAAAGGAAAGGAACUAUCACUUAUGACCUUCGAUGAUGAUGAGAAUCCAAGAAUUCAGAAAGUUCGCGAAAUAUGCAAAUCCUUGAUGCCUGCAGAAUAUUUUGUGGUGGAUGACAGUUCCAGUGAAGUGGACACGGCAAGUCCAGAUAGUUGGUUCAUUGUUCCGUGCCGGGCAGACUACAAGCGUUCCACCUUUGCUGAACUCAACCAUUUUCUCCCUGCAUGGCACCGUGAUCAGAUCCCGACAGACUGGCAACGCUGCCACAUGAAGUUGCAAGAAGAUUUGGAGAGAAAGCAAAAAGUCUUUGCCAACAGAGUUGCCAAGCUUCGGAGAGAGCCCAAGAGUGCUGAUACAACUUCUGCCAUUGCUGAGCUUGAGGAGUUGAUGGAACGCCUAGAUGCAGAGGAGAAGUUGCAUCAGACAGUUCGGGAGCGAGGGCUAUUUGCGGAAGAUGUCCUUGCAGAUGGGAACUGUGGGAUUUACUCCCUAGAUGAGCUGGGUCAAGGAAAGCCUGAGAUUGGAGACAUGUGGAUGGAGGUGUCUGCGCAUCCUGCUUGGCAGACGAUGUUCAAAUUCUUUGGCAUGAAGGAUUUUGUGGAGGAAGAGAUUGAGAGGGUUCGGACAGAACAAGCUAAAGAUGGCGAUGAGCCACAAAAGUCCCAGACACCGAAAUCGGGGACUCCGAAAAAGAAGAAGCAGAAGCCAGUGCCGCAAAACACACCAGAGAAGCCUCCAAUGCCUGCGGAGAUGACCAAGUCAAGUUGCCGCGCAGCUGAUUUUGGCAAGCCAAUCAAGGUAGAGGCCGGACUCAAGCCUCCACAGAAGAAGACCAAAAGCGCCAAAAGGAAGGUCGUGCAGGAAGAGGACGAUUUGCUUGAGCAACUUGCAGAGGUAGAGCCAGCAGAUGAGGCAAAGGAGGAUGAUGAGCAGGAGGAGGGCGCAACAGUCCCUCGUAUGAAACGGGCUCGGCAUGCGCGGACUUGCAAGAAGAAGCUUGUCACUAACCGUGUUCAGCAAUUGGGCGUGGUCAAGCAGUAUCUUGGCAGGAUUGGAGCCUCAUACCCAGAAUUCCAGUCAACGCAUACCAGGAAGGCAAGCCUGAAGAAGACAGCAGUCUGUCCAGUCGGUGGGUAUGUGAGCCUGCAGCAGCAUUUGUUGCUGGGUAAUGCGGAAGCGGCAACCUCGAAAUGCCAUGCUUGCCAGGAGCUUUUGAAGCGAUGUCGCUUUUCCGCCGAACGCUUGCAGCAAGAGUUGGAUGACCCGACAGGGGAACUGGCAACAACUUCCAAGCCCGAAGAUCAGAAUGCGGCCAGAGAGGUUUGUGAGGAGCCGCCAGAGGUGAAGGAGGAGAUUGACCCUGAUGCAAAGGAGGAUCAAGAUAGUGAUCCUUUUGCAUACGCCAAGAAAUUUCCGGGGGUCAUCGAACUGCUGCCGCCUGGAUCACUCGGGAAGACAUUUCCCUUCAAGUGCCUAGUAUGCAAGAGCAAAACCCAACCACAAGGAAAGGUGGGAGAGCUCAGCCUGGCUAAGCACUACAGUGUCAAGUACUUCAUUGACAAACACCUGGGUUGCGUGACACACAAGCGCAAUUUGGCAAGUCUGAGUCAGACUGCGCAGGAAGCUGGAGCAGCUUCCAUGGAGGAUGAAGAGAGAACAGUUCCUUGCUCAGGCUUGGUGCUCAACAAUGAGGAGAAUGCCGGGCACCUCUUUUCACUACAGAAGGAAUUUGGCCUUUGGGUGAGCAUGACCAACCUGAGCCAACUUGCAGUGCACAAGUACGAGCAGGACAAGAGCGCACAUGGCGUCCCCAGAACAGUACUCAAAUUUGCAAAAAAAUAUUACAUGGCCAGGCUGCUGAGCUCGAGACUUUUUGCUGGCCAGCAAGCAGCCAAAGCAGUUGAGUCUGAGAUCCAACAAAGUGCGCUGUAUGAGCACGAUUUCAAGGUCGUCUCCAAGCUGCUCAAGAUGUCAAAUUCCCAGUUGCAGCAGUUUGUCCGCGCCAGCUGGCUCUCUGCCACACGGGAGACGGCCACUGAAGCUCAUGCUGACUUUGUCACGUCCAUCGUGAAGCCUUGUUUGAAGGUCAACGUGAUGGGGAUCCCAGAAGAGAUGUCCGACAUUGUGGGUCGUUUUACGGCCAUCAUCAGAAGUGGACGUGCGCAGGAACAAGACCUGGCAUCCUUCAAAAUAGCAGCAGCGGCCAUGCAAGGAAAACUGGAGUCGCAUCCAUUACUGCAUGGGAUCAGCUUGCAGUGUCUCAGGUUGGUUGACAAACAGGAGAAAGGAAUAACGACAAUGAAAGGCAGGAGGACGGCAGAAUCAGAAGCAGAGCGUCUGUUGAUUGCUGACGCAGGUCAAAGACUGGCUUUAGCUUGCUGCAACCGGAAAUUGGCCCAAGAGUUUGGUCUGAAUUUGAGGACGUAUGGGAACCUACUAGAUGAUUUGCUGCCGAAAAGUGUUCCUGCGUCCGCGCUAGCUCUGCAUUUUGAUGGCAUUCUGCAGCAGAACUUUGAGAUUCUGGACCAGAGAGCGUUGAGGACCACGUCGGAAGGCAUUUGCCGCUUCGUCCUUUGCUUUGACGCUACAUAUCUCACGCCCACGCUGAGCCAGCUGAAGAUUCAUUCCCAGCACGGGCUGGUCGGCGGCAUGUUCAAGACAGGAGCAGAAGGCAGCUGUUUCAUCAGCUUGGAGGAGGAAAAGCUGAACAUUUCUUCUGUAGUGAAGGCCUUGAACAUGCUUGAGAUGAUUGCAUGGGACCCGUGCCAGAAGCGCAAGAACCCGUUGAGCAUUUGCAGCCUCCCGAUAGAGCACAACUUUUCCAACGUGCAAGGGACGAAUCGGUCGAACUGGUUUAUGCUGGAUUUGCUUGGCCGCGUUCUGGAGAAGGCAUCAGGAAUCGUGCGCGCAUUGGUGUUCGACCAGCACAGUAGCCAAUUGUUCAUCCGCAAGGUGAUCCAUGGACAGCUUCAGGGCAUGGACCCGAUUGAGCUGCGGGCUUUACCGUGGUUUGGCAAGCUAUCGUACGAGAGUUUGCCAGCAUGUUGCUUGCCCAGGCUCCCCGUGCGCCUUUGCAAGGAGCCCGUUUCCGGAGAGUACUUUUGGGCCCUGCCGGGAGUUUGCCAUUCCAGCAAGAACCUCAACGGGCAGAUGGUCUCCCCGCUCCGGACGCUGUUUUUUGGAGAGCUGUUUACUGACAACACCCAGUGCAGAGUUCACGGCCUGCCACCAGCAGCAUACAGCCGGGUCAAUCCGCAAAGCGAUAAAUUGAACAGUUUGGUCAACAACCCGUUCUUUUUGGUGGACAGCGUUGAAGGCAGUUUGGAAGCCAUGACCAUUCCGUGGAGCCUGUCCGGUCUUUGCAUCCACAACUGCAUGACAGCGUUGUGCCUUUCCGGCUUGGUCCACCGAGAUUUGACAAUGGCUGAACGGUGCGAAAACGCCGUGAGUGGCUUCGUCGGCAUGGACCUGUUCAAAAUCUUAGCUGACCGCAAGUGCAAAGCCAUGGAGCUUCCUGCAGGAAGUUGCUUCUAUGCAGGUCAGACGCUAAGCAAUGCCCAAAGUGCCGCUUUAGCGACCAUGGUGGUUACUUUGACAAAACCUCCCUGGUACAAUUGCUUUGAUCAUGGAAAUGGACGGCUCACAGAAAUUUCUGUGGAACAGUGGUUUGCGGGAAUCCGGCAGCAGUCCAGCAAUAGUCAGGUCUCGGCCCGGAGCUACUUUUUGGCAUGUGCAAGACAGAACUUAAGGGCAGGGGAAAUUUUGAACAAGUUGAAAGCUACGCCUGCUCGUCAAGAAGCUGCCUUGACAGAUUCAGAGUGGCUUGUUUGCACUCUCCCUGUUUGUUCAUCACAUGGUGAUGGUCCCUACAUGUCUUUAUGUUUUUGUAGAGGUAUUGGUAAUUCCCUUGCAUUUUGUAGAGCGUGCUUGCUGCCAGUCAGCAAGGUUCCAGACUUGCUGUGA